AUGGGCCGCCUAGGCGUGAGCGCUUACAGCAAAUCUGCGUCUUCCAGUCGCAAUAACCUUGACGCGCCACUAACUAGCGUUCCCUUCGACGAUUUUAAUGGACGAUUUGCGAACACACUCACCGUAAGCGAGCCAAUCUCGAGAACCCAGACACCGGAGCCAAGUCCUGAUAUCACAUACUCGGAUCGCCAUGGAAUAUUGCGACAUGCAUUAUCAAAAUCGGGGUCCGCGAGUAGCAAGUCCAGAACGCCUGCAUGGAAAUUGCUUCGAUCGUGGAUCACCGAAGUCAUAGCGUUGUUCCUGGCGAUCUGCGCGUUAUUGAGCAUUGUGAGCGUAUUGCGCGUGUAUCAAGGAAAGCCAAUCGACGACCUUGAUCUGCCGAGCGCUCUGACGUUGAACGGCUUGCUUGCUUUACUCGGCACGAUCUUGCGCGCCGUCCUAGCGGUACCAUUGGGCUCAGUCCUUGCCCAGGAGGCAUGGCUAUGGCUGGCUUCGAAUAAUAAGCGGCAGAUCCCUCGCAGCAGACUCCGAGACUUGGUGGCGUCCGACUCCGCCUCGCGAGGAGAAUGGGGAAGCUUUCUGUUGUUGUUCAGGUCCUGGCGACGGGCGGUGGCUUUUCUUGGAGCACUGGUCAUGGUUCUUUGUCUCGCAAUCGACACAUUCACGCAGCAGCUGGUCGCGUCAGCAAGCACGCUCGUGACGAAUUCUGCAUCGGACUGGAAUCCUGGGAAUGUGCCCUGGAAUCAACACUAUGCUUCAUUUCAAGGGAAUCCUGCUGAGGCUGCGUUCGGACCAACACUCAACAUCAAAGCUGCCGCAUACGCAGGAUUCUUGGCGGACAGCGUGGAAGACUAUCAGGUGGCCUGCCAGACUGGCAAUUGUACGUUUCCUGCGACACCGAGUGUGGCCGUUUGCGGCAGCUGUGUCCCGACAACCAACAGCAUGGGCGCAUGUAAUGAGACGAGCUGCAGUUACAAAACAUCCACCGGAACUGUGUUCGAGAUGGGGCACUUCAACUCCUCCGGUCCCGGUAUCGGGUUUAGCUCGCAAUCAAUCUUCAACAGCAGCCUCGGUUCUGCUCAGAAUCUUACUGUCGCCGACUUCGAGACUAUUGGAGUGCCAUAUCAGAGUCUUUCAUCGGGCCUAUACGGCUCCAACCCCACCUUCUCGUCUCAGCGCUGUCAAAUAUGGAUGUGUGUGAACGUGUACGAGACAGUCGUCGAGAAUGGCCUACAAACACAGAAUACAACUGCAACGUUUAGCGACGUACCGAAUACGGUGAAUAGAGGGUUUUCGGGUGCCGACAACUGGACAUUUGUGCUGCCAGAUCAGUGGAGUCACGAGAAGUAUAACGUGUCUGCGCUCGGGUGGGCUGCCCUUAGUGAACAACUUGGGACGAUGUUCACAGGUACCGUCUUGUUGAAUCUGGAGGGUUAUUCGAUAUCAAGUGAUGCCGUGGAAGCAAUCUGGAACGGCACAACCGACAUGCAGCCAUGGAUGGACAAGGUUACACGGAGUUUGAGCAAUGCGAUGCGUCUGGAUUCAACGGCGGACGACCCGGCCUUCAAUGGUUCGGCAUAUCAGCUCAGCGUUGUUGUGCGAUGGGGGUGGCUCGCUCUGCCAGCAAGUUUGGUGUUGCUCUCGAUCCUCCUGAUUGUGAUUAUCAUGACCAAAACGGCACGCAGUGAUAUCGGGUCAUGGAAGGGCAGUCCGUUGGCGAUGCUGCUUGUUGAGGUAGACGAUGAUAUCAGAUUGCAAUCAAUGAAGAUCGCAGAUGAGGAGGGCUGGGAAUCAGUAGGGACUGGUGUGGAGAGUCGUCUUGCUGAGCAGAGGGUGGCAUUGCAAAGAGCAGGUGAUGGGAGAUAUCGCCUCGGAAGCCUUCGCAGGAGCUGA